ACCUCAGCCCAGCGUGUGUCUGUGUGUUCCUGCUCACAAGGAGAGCGCUGGGAGAGAGCACAGCGUACUCUGCCUGGGAGGACUCCUGUGGACUAGGAGUGGUGUAGAAGGAGUGGUUGCUCUUCUCUUGUACUGUAGCCAUGCAGUUUUUUAUCUGGAUACUGGGCUGCUUAAUGCUGGAUUCUUUCCUGCUUGGACUAUGCGUGGAGGGUCGAUGGAGAGCAUCUCACAUGGAUCCCUCCCUCCAAGAAGGCAACUCUCCUAUCUCCGAGAGCUCAGCCACCCUACAACAAGGGAAUGGGCUUGUGGUAGUUCAUGAUGCGAAUCCCUCUAUCCUUACCUUUCACCACACUGGUAUAGGCGGCCAUGACAGCAAGUACUCCUUUACAGUCACAGCCUUGGAUGAGAACAUCACCACAUAGAAUCAAAGUAUGUGCAGGCAGAAAAGGUCCUCUUGGGUUUAAAGGAGACAAGGGUGUCAGAGGGCAGGAGGUCAGGAGAGGUGAUACAGGCUUCCCAGGUCCUCCAGGACUCCCCACCCUCUACCUUUGGAGGAACUCCCAGGAGGACAGGACUUCCUUCAGGUGACUACAGGCCCAGAGCUGUGUGAAUUUUCCACAGCUGUUGCAGGCAGCUGGGAGCACACUGGGGCCGCGAUCAUCCUUCUAUCAUUUGCUGCGGGCAGGCAGGCCUACAGAACAGGGUCCUACUGGACUGAUAGGGGAAACUGGCAAACCUGGCCUACCAGGAAUUCCUGGAGAUCCUGGCCACAGAGGAAUGGCAGGACACAGGGGAGACAUGGGUUACCCUGGGCCGAAGGGCGUUCAAGGCCGAAGCAGGAACCUGGGGGACAAAUGGCGGGCGUGGCCUGGAUGGACGGCCAGGGCCACCGGGAUUCCCUGGCCUUCAGGGUCCUAGAGGCUAUAAGGGAGAGAAUUCUCCUCCAGGGGGGAUAGGAGAUGAGGGUACUAAAGGGGAGCAGGGGGAACUGGGUUCUGUUGGCCUAAUUGGGCCGGUUGGUAAAAGAGGAACCCAAGGGUUUUCAGUGUCACCUAGGCCCCAGGGCGAUUCUGGGUAUGAUGGUGCUCAAGGUCCACUCGGGCCAAUGGGGGCCCCAGGUGUGACUGGCAUGAUAGGAGCACAGGGGUCAAACGGCUCAAGGAGAGAAGCAGGGCCAGCUGGACCACUUGGCUGUAAAGGGGGCCCCGGGUCCCAUAGGAUUGUCAGGAAAGAGAGGCUCUCCUGGUCUUCGAGGAAUCCAAGGACAUCCGGUGAUGGAUGGUCUUCCGGGUCAAAAAGGUGACAGGGGUGAAGUGGGGCCCACAGGCAUGAAGGGAUUGCCAGGUCUUGAAGGGCCCAUGGGGACUGCUGGAAUUCCAGGUCUGAAGGGGGCUCCAGGUGGCACAGGCUUCAGAGGACUAGAUGGAGACAAAGGAGAUGCUGGACCCAAAAGAGACAAGAGUUCUGUUGCUGCGUCAGGGAUCCAAGGCCAUCAGGGUGAGAGGGGUCAGAGUGGCCUCUCAGGGCUUCCUGGUCUCAGAGGUCAAGCUGGUGCCCAAGGCAUCCAGACGGAGAGGUCGGCCUCCAGGGAGUGGUUGGAAAGGAAGGGUCAAAGGACCACAGGGAAGCUCCAGGCCGCAAUGGGAAGUCGGGACCUAAAGGACCCAGGGGCCGUAGUGAACAGCCUGGUCUUUUUGGUAUACCUGGAAUCCCGGGUGCUCCUGGCUCUGCUGGCAUUCCUGCAUCUAAAGGAGACAGAGGAUUCUCAGGCCUGGGCGGAGAGCCAGGACAAGCAGGUCCCCCAGGCACUCCAGGUCCUGCAGGAAAGCCUGGACAAGACGGCAGUUCUGGGCCACCUGGUGAUAAGGGCUUCACAGGGAAAGUUGGCAUGGAGGGUCCCCAAGGGCCAGUGGGCAUGUAUGGCUACUCAGGAGCAGUGGGUUUAACUGGGAGACCUGGUCGUUUUGGAGAGAGGCGAGAACCUGGUGUGAGAGGCCCCGCUGGUAUCCCUGGGAAGAGUGGACCACCGGUAAGUACACUGUACUGAC